AUGUCGCUGCUGCCGCGGGGCGGGCGCUGCGGGACCGGCACCGCCGCGGUCAGCGCCCGGCGGCUGCUGCUGGGGCCCCGCGCACGGGUGUCGGGGAGCCAGGCGUGUAACCAGUACAGGGCGUCAGGUUCUCUGCCGGAGGAAAAGAAGAAAUUUCUCCGAGAUGGGCCGGACUUACAGGACUUUGUCUCCGGAGAUCUGGCCGACAAGAGUGCCUGGGCUGAGUAUGCAGGCAAUUUAAAACGCCAGAAAGGCGAAAGGCUGCGGCUUCCACCAUGGCUGAAAACAAAGAUUCCCAUGGGAAAGAAUUACAAUAAACUAAAGAAUACCUUGAGAAGUUUAAAUCUUCACACAGUAUGUGAGGAAGCGCGUUGUCCCAACAUCGGAGAAUGCUGGGGAGGUGGCGAAUAUGCUACAGCUACAGCUACUAUUAUGCUGAUGGGUGACACGUGCACUAGAGGUUGCAGAUUUUGCUCAGUAAAGACAGCAAAAAAUCCACCUCCACUGGAUCCCGAGGAGCCUUACAACACAGCUAAGGCUAUUGCUGAGUGGGGCUUGGAUUACGUUGUAUUGACAUCUGUGGACAGAGACGAUAUGCCUGAUGGUGGAGCAGAACACUUUGCCAAGACAGUCUCUCAUCUGAAAGAAAGAAAUUCAAAAAUUCUCGUAGAAUGCCUAACUCCUGAUUUUCGAGGGGACCUUAAAGCUGUGGAGAAAGUGGCAUUGUCAGGACUAGAUGUGUAUGCCCACAAUGUGGAAACGGUUCCAGAAUUACAAAGGAAGGUCCGCGACCCCCGAGCCAACUUUGAGCAAUCCGUGCGCGUGCUGAAGCAUGCUAAAAAGGUCCAGCCUGGGGUUAUCUCGAAAACCUCCAUCAUGCUGGGGCUGGGCGAGACGGAUGAACAGGUGUACGCGACGAUGAAACUAUUGCGUGAAGCAGAUGUAGAUUGUUUGACCUUGGGACAAUACAUGCAACCAACAAAGCGUCACCUAAAGGUUGAGGAGUACAUAACUCCUGAAAAAUUUAAAUACUGGGAAAAAGUAGGAAACGAGCUUGGAUUCCAUUACACAGCCAGUGGGCCUUUAGUGCGUUCCUCCUAUAAAGCAGGUGAAUUCUUCCUGAAGAACUUAGUAGAAAAAAGAAAGACAAAAGUCAUCUGAAAAUGAGAGCAAACCUACUUAAAGCAAUCAGUUUUAAGGAUCCUUUUUUCAGCUCAUAAUUACACUCAGUUCCAGAAAUACAGAAGACCAGAUGGUGGAGGCAUGAAUAAGCUUACUCUCCUUCUAGAACACUUUACUCUCGCCAAAACACUUAACAUUAUUUUACCUAAUUCCUCCUGGCAGUGCUACAACUACGUAGUACUUCUAGUGUUCAGUAACAAGUCAGAAGACAGAACUGCUUUUGAAAGAGCAAAGGAAUUGAGGUGGAGGAAAUGUAAGCUGAAAUAAUCAGACAGGUUUAAAUAAACAGGUGUGAUACCACCAUCAAUAUUGCUGCAAUUAGAUCCUUGUUAAGAUGCUAAUAACGGGUAAUUCAAAAGGUACCGAUCUCUUGCUGUAUCCUACCAUUAUCAUGCAAUGCAAGCUUACAGGGACGCUGGGAAAUAAAGAGGUAUAUAUGCCAAAGGAGCAUGUUAGGGCUGUGGUUAGCCACACCAGAGGAAGAACUGUUAGUGAUCUUUCAAGAAGUGGUGUCUCUUAUCUGCAUUUUACAAAAAUGAACUGUGCUCUUCUGUUAGAUAAAGCUCUUCAUCUGUACAGAACCGUGGAUGUCCCGUGCUGUGUCUGUAUGCCAUAGGUAUUGUCUGAGCACUGAAGGGGAGAGUUCAAUACCCAGCCUAAGAGCGGGGUGGUUGUGUUUAAUGGGUCUGGUUACCUGCCCCUUGGAGACCUUGAUCUGGCUGUUAAAUCUGAAUAGAGAUGUGGAUAUAUAUUAUACUAAGCUCAAGUUGAAAUUAAAGCAUGCCUUAUGGUAUACUA